AUGGGUGAAGACGGAGCUGGAGCCGCUCUUUCUGGUCCAGAAGACCAGGAGGAGCCCCAGAUCGAGCUCUUGCCCGACUUCUGCCCCAUUGUCUUCAACCCGGCCAACCAGAUCAUUCAUCCUGCCAGGUAUUGGGCCAUGUUCCGAAACUGGAAGGGCCAGCCCCUAACGAAGGAGGAGGAGCCGCCGGAGUGGCUUUACCGUGACAUGGAUGAGACGGCAGGGCAGGUGUUGGAGGUGCUGGACGAGGAGCUCCAGGCCCUGAAGGAGGCCUUCUUUCAGGCCACCGGCUGCCAGGGGUGCAGCCACGUAAUACCGCUGGCUGCUCGGCUGCUGGAGCAAUACGGUGACCAGAUUGCGGACAAGUCCACCAUGGCCAAGAUGGUGGGCACUAACAAGGCCUACUCCAUGGCCAGGACCCCGGUGCUGCGCAGCAACCAGGGGGUUAUGCCGCACCCCACGCACCGGGUGGUCACUGACGACAUUGGCUGGGGAUUGUGCGUGCUGGUCUCCAUCUCCGAGCGAUUGGAGGCAAUGGGCAUGCGGACAAAUACCACCAUGAUGCGGAUGCUCAUCGAGUGGCACCAGAAGCUCAUGGGCAAGGAAUGUACCUCUACAACGGCCGGCUCCGUGGUCGGGACUGCGCGGAGCUGGUGCUUUUGA